AUGAGGAAUGAUAAACGAACGCUCUCGCCGUCGCCGCGUAAAUUGGAAUACUACAAUUUAAGAUACUCCAACGCAGCAACUGCAGCCACGUACUCUCUUCCCAGGCAUUACACCUCACCAGCCACUACAAAGAGAACAACAUCCACACGAACAAAGAGAGCCGCAUCCAUCACAACACCAACAGCAGCAACAACAACAAUAAGAAGAAGAACCCCAACACCAACAUCACGUGGGGCGUCGAGAUCACGAGUAAAUAAAAAUAAUCUCACAGAUGGUGUAAAUAACGUUUUGGAUUCUAUCACGUAUGAACGUAAUUGGUCUCAAGUUAUUUCAGGUUCAACAAGUGGAUUAUUGUUAGUAAUGAUUAUUGCCCUCUUUUACGCUAUUUAUAUACUUUGCCGACCAUAUGCUGAUAGUAUUAGUUUUGGUUUGUUGCUCUCCGUGAUACUUCAUCCAAAGACCCGUAAUCAUUGUUUUGAUUCCUACACUGCAAGAGAAGAAUGUAGACGACAAAUGCGAUUAAUGCAACAAGCCUGGGCUCAACGUUCUUCAUUAUUUGGUAUUGUUGGAUCUUUAUUGUCGUUAAAACUUUUUUUCUCCUAUGCCUUAUUUCAAGUGGUAAUAUUUUUUGGUCUUAACAAACUCUCCGUGGGAUCAUGGUGGUUAGUAAAGGGCCGUAAAGGAAUGGAAAAAAUAAGUCGAAAGGGAGAACGGUUUUUUUUGGUAUCAACACGAAGAGGACGUAUAUUACUUCGAUUAAUUGCCGGAUGCGUGUUAUCUUUACUUGCCCAUUGUUUAGUUGGUUUUUCUUUUUUUCUUUUAAUGCAUUUGGUGUUAUUUGUAAUAUUUGCGGUAACUGUUUUAUUUGUCUCUGAGAAUUAUUUCAUUGAAUUAAUGUGGCGUCUUUGGCGUAUUUCAAUAGUAACUUUCUUUGUGAUUGGUCUCUCAUACAAUUUGGCAUUGGAUGUUAUUUCUAUCAGUGGUGCGGUUAAACGAACGACAUCGGCCGUUGUGAAUGCUCGGCAACAGUGGACAAGUAAAGAAUUCUUGAAAGAAAACACUACUUCCACUACCACUGCUAUUAAUAAUAAUGAUAAUAAUAAUAAAAAUGCUACUACUACUACUACUAAUACAAUAAAUGGGACCUCUACUACUUCUUUUAAGAAUAUCUCUAUUAAAGGUAUGGUUAAUAUUUCUGCGAAUACAACGACAUCAUCUUCAUAUUUAUCAGAUGUUCAGGAAAUGAUCUUAUCGGAAGUACAACAUCGAGUGUUAGCGGAAAUUGCAGAAUGUAUGAACUAUACAAAUGUAACAGAAUUGGCAAUUAAUGUGCGUCAUAUUAUCUCUCCUAUACUUUCAACAUUUCCACCCAAUAUUACUAUGAGUGAAAUGUUAAAUAAAGGUAGAGAAUUAUAUACUUCAUUCUUUAAUAGUAAUAUUAGUAGUAGUGGUACUUCAUUACGCAAUGUUGACUGGGUAGGUGUAGCGAAGAGUCUUUUGGAACGUUGGCGUCCUUUUUUCGUCUAUACUACUCAUGUUUUAUUUUUAUUGAGCUCAAAUGUCGUUGGAUUUUUUGAUUCUAUUUAUGCCUUUGUUUUUUUUAUAUUUGUCCUACAGUACUUUUUACAACUGGAGCACACUAUUCUCUAUUAUGUAGUGGCUAAAAUGUUUAAAGCACUUCAUCCAGAACUUGGCGAGCAACAUGCUCGUAAUAUCGAGCGUGAUAUUACAGUUUCUCUUUUAACGCUUUUACAAUCUUUUUGGCAUCUCUCAUGGUUUCACUUUUGUAUUACAUUCUGUCUCUUUCAGUAUUGGUCCUUCCCUACACCUUUUUUCAGUGGAUUACUUUCCGCCUUUACGGCGGUAUUUCCACUGUUGCCAUCGUGGUUUUCACCUGUUUCCUUUGCGUUGGUGUAUUCCCUCUUCACUGCUGUGAGUGAUGCGGGUGUGUUGGGGGUGGUGGUGGAUCUCCGGGUCUGGCACUGUGCGGCGGCCACUUUACUCUCGCACAUGGAUGAAUGGCUCUUGUCCGUAUCGCGUGGAUUGCGUGGAAGUUCUGUGCGGGAUGCGGCUGGGGUUGUGCGAGAGGAAUUGCCAACAUUUGUUAUUGGCACCGCCUUGUUUCUUGGAUAUGUGAAUUACGGCCUGCGUGGGAUCUUAUUUGGUCCCAUUACGGUGAUUGUGGCGAAGGUGUUUUUUGAUAAUUGGGGAUCCAUUACAGUGCAGGAGACCAUCCCAACACCCAGGGAAAGGGAAAAGGAAAAGGAGGGAAAAUAG